AACUGCUUAAAUUUUUUCAAAAAAAAAAAAAAGAACCGCUUAAACCCAUUACUUCUACGUAACUCUGAUAUCACGCCCCCCUCUCUCAUUUUCUACAUUUUUUCCGGCGACCCAGCCCCGGUGAACUCAGCUUCAGUGGUCCGUGAUUUGGUCCCCAUAGCUUCUCGGCAUUCAAGCUAAAAUGAAGCAGGAGAGCAGUGUUGAACGAGAAGAUAUCAAGGAACCCUUCAGUGAGAUGAAUAUCAAGGCGGAGAAGUUCGAUGUGAUUCUUUCAAACUUGAAGAAAAUUCGAUCUUCUUUAGAAGAGAGAGUGGCAAAGGAAAAAUCAGAUAAGCUGGAAGCAAGGGUUGCUGAUGAGAAGUUGCAAGCUUCUCUUUUGGCGGAGCUGGAAAAAAUUCGGCAGGAGAAAUCAGCUGCCGAACAGAAGGCAGCCUUGUUUGAGGAUAUGUACAACAGAGGAAAACAAAAAGAAUUAUAUAAUCUGCAGGCAGCCUUGUGUGUGGCUACUGAGGGGCAGAUGAAAAACAAGGAAGAAGAACUGAAUUCAAUUAUCAUGGAGCUAAGAAAGAACUACGCUUCUUUACAAGAGAAGUUUACAAAGGAAGAGGCGGAUAAGUUGGCUGCUGCGAAUUCUCUUGUUCGUAUGGUGAAGUACCUGAUAAAAAAAACGAAAGAACUAGAGGAACAGCGUUCUUUGCAAAAUGGCCAGAUAAGGAUACUGCAGAAACAGCUAGUAACUGCAGAGGAGAAAUUGCAGCUUUAUGAAGGAAAAAAUGUUAGGGGCCACUGAAGAGUGAAGACUAAUGAUCAGAACACUAUAUACUUCAAAAUUUUGUCUGCCACCAUUGAGCUUCACUUGAAAAUGUAACAUUUUUUUUUUUGUCUGGAAAUGUUACAUUUUAUUGCCUUAACAAGGUAGA